AUGGCAACGGUUCCAUUCUAUUGUUUUCUAUUGGCUAGCUUUGCUGUCAGAUAUUCAAUUGCCAUUCCAUCAAUUGGUUCAGCAGGCAACAAUAGUGAUUGGUCAUCAACAAUUAGUCAACAUCGUAAACAAUCAUUUAUGGAAAAUGAAAUUAAUGUGAACAAAAAUAAAUCGAUCGAUCUUCUGGACAAAGAAACAAUUACUGAUCGGCAACAACAACAACGUGCAAAACGAGACAAUACUGGUGGUGUCGAUGUUAAAGCAAUCCAAGCAACAAUCAAUAAUCAUCGAACAAUGAUUGAAGAUCAUCGAAUCAUGAUCGAUCAAAUUAUGAACAAUUCAAUUAAUAUCAGUAACAUUCAACAAGCUGUAUCAGAUCAUUUUUCGAACACAACUCCGAUAUGA